UUUGGUCGCAUUAGUUUGGUGUUAAAAAGUGUUGUAGCGUGGUUAGAGGUUGAAUUAGUGCCCGAUUAUACUUCGAAGUCCGGUUUUGUUUACGUUUUUAUUUUUGUUUUCAACGGUGGUUUAUUUAUCGAAUCUUUUACGGCAAGUGAAACGUGAAUAGUGAAAAAAAAUAUUGAAGCAUUAAUUUGUACAGUGAUAAAGUGUUCUAGUGUGUAUAUUCAAUUUAAUAAUUCAACCUCUACGUUGGAUUUCAAAAUUCGGAAAUGUUGCGGGUGUGAGCGUAUCUUUGGGCACGUGCGCUCUUGUCGAAGGCAAGACGCGGACUACAUCAAAACAACGAUGGCUCGGCCUGAAGUUGUGCGAUGAAGUACCUGACGAGGAAGAGGGGGGCAUGGACGAGCCCAGCGCCGCCAAGCGGCCGUCUGUAUUAACUAUAGAUAGAGCCGCAUUUCUCCUUUUGAGGGUGAAAAGGGCUUUCAAGAAGAAGAGACAGCAGAGAAAAGAGAAACAUGCGGCGGCGGCUGCAGCGGCGGCGGCGGAGGCCCUCGGGGGCGGAGGGAGGCGGAUGCCGCCCCCCUUGCUGCGUUCACGCACCUUACCUGCUAUCAUAGCACCGGGUUUCUCCAUACUGCACGCUCAGAUCGACCCUCAGAGAACUAACGAUAUAAGUCAAAGUCAACUGCUAUGCCGGGGUUUGUCCGCGCACAAGGUAUGCGGGCUUCGUGCGCACGCGCCCCGGAUUUCCUUUACAAGUAAAGAUGACCCGGAACCACAUGAACUCCGGCGGAAGUCUGCCAGCAGCCGCCUGGGAAGCUCGCCUCGAUCCAGCAUAGCGAGCGAAGAACGAGCUGAUGGAGUUGCGCUGAGAGUACCAACACCUCGUGGAUCAGUAUCUAGUACUGGCAGCUCCAGUGCCAGCUCAAGAUUGGCCAGGCUGCUCACGCAGGGAGUUCGUGGGACUCCUGAAGAUGUCGCUGUUGAUGCUCCAAGACGUCUCAGUUGGGAAAGGCGUGAGUCAGCCGGCCAGAUACCAAGGUCGGCCAGCAUCGACUCCAUGGUUGAAGCAGCGAUAUGCGCCCGCCAUUCGGAACCAAGCCAGUCCACCACACUGCAACUGCCCACCAGAUCUGACAGAGCGUUCAGUCUCGCUUCACCAGUUGUGGGGCGGAGAGCCAAAUCCCAGAGAGGGUUAGCUGAGUUUCAAUACGGCGCACUCCUCGAGGGUUGUGGGGGGGAGCUGCCGUCGCUAAGUGCAUGCGCCCCGCUCCCCCCCAACUUAGAUAAAGCAUCACGACGUCAGCAAAAGGACGCGCGCGCACAGCAAGAUAAAAUUGCACAAGUUAACAUACAUUUGCAUGCUUUAUUUGCGGCUGUAGAACAUGGUUAUUUGGAUAAAGCAAGAAACAUAUUGGAUUCUACAGACGUGGAUGUCAACAGUCUUAACGCCGAUGGACUGUCACCCUUGGAUGUGGCAGUGCUCUCCAGCAAUCGAGGUCUUGCCAAGAUGCUUAUGGAGUUUGGGGCGAAAGAAGGCAGUCAGUUUAAAAUACCAGAAGCAUUAGGUGCGCAUCUACGGCGAUUGACGAGAGAAGCUGAGUCGCGACUCCACGAGGUGGUCGGCUGUACCCAGGAUAAAAGCUGUCGUGAUGAUACUUGCACAAGGUCUUCAGCUGGCGGUCAGGCAGCUGGUACCACGGGCUGCGCUGGUGGCGCCGGCUCUGAGAAAGACAAACAAGCACAACACUGGGAAAGGAGAGUGCGUACCCUGAAACGUCUGGUGUUAGGCUGGCAGCAAUCUCGAGCACCAGCGGCUCCUCCGCCACCCGACUUAGAAGUGUGCAGUGCCCACGCAGUCUCCGUGAGACUCCGGGAGUCCCGUACCACGUCAUCAGCACAGAGAGACCCGCCCAUUGUUACUAAAUUUAGAGUUGAAUGGUCAUCGCGCGCGGACUUUUCUAACGUGUGUGGUAGUUGUGACGUGGCCGCCACCGGCGCCAACAGCGGCACCAGGGUGCUGGCGGCCGGCCUCACCAGGGGCCGCCGGUACUUCUUCAGAGCCUCCGCCGGGAACAUCAAGGGCUGGGGGCCGUUUACGGUUUCCGUGCCAAGGAGCGUUGUGCCCAGUAGCUGGCGUGAUGUAUCAAGCAGAGCUAUACGCGGUGAAAGCGGUGGAGCGGCCGCAGCGCUGGAAGCGCUCGCAAGCGCUGCAGCGGGCGCCCGCUCACGGCCACCGGCGCCUCCGCCCCGGGCCUCCCGCAAGAAGACCGCCACUAUACGACAGCUGUUUACAGCGGCUAGCAAGUUCCAGAAGAAUCUACGGAGAGGUGUAUACUUGGCGUGCAUUCUGUACCAUGAAGACAAGGUGCUGGUGACUAGCGAGGAGUUCCUGCCUGUCAUCGAAGUGGAUGAGACCUACCCGACUUGCAUCUAUGCUGACUUCCAUUGGCUAAUGAAGGUGUCAUGUUGUUGGGAUGAUGUGAAAGGUCUUCGAGCGGAUAUGGAGAAACACACGUCUUCCUCUAUACACUUCAGAUUGAAAUUACUCACAGCAGCUGCGCAGAUGCAGUCCGCUCUCUGCAUACAAGACUUAGGACAAUUAUAUCACAAGCCACUGCGCGAUUCACACGGAACGGUUGUGAUAUCUGUGGUGACGAGUGUCAAAUCGGCCAAGUGUGUGUCGGCGCUGAACUCGCGGUGGGCGGCUGUGAACAGGCUGCGGCGACGCGUACUCAGCGACGACAACACCAUGGGGGAGCUGCUGAUGGCGUCCGUGCACGAUCAGAUCGCCUACCAUCAGGUAUCUCGAGUUCAGCUGCCCCGAGGGUUGUACCUGGGUUAUCUAAAGCUGCAGUCGUCUGUGGAAGUGGUACGAAUAGUGGCGCCCGCUCGCACCCCCAACGUGCCGCCGCACACAAGGGUGCGAGACAACCCGCACAUCUCUGCCGAAGAAUGGGAUUACCUAAGAAACCAAUCUGGCAAAGUGUACAGUGAAGAAGUUCAGCCAAGAAACAGUCUUGUACCGAUCAGCGACAGUCCGGAGAAACCGUCAGAAUCUCAAGAAAUGUUCCUAGACCAGAUCGCGUCUGCAGCACGACGACUCUUCAAGGAAAUGGAGAUCCCCAUCGAAUGUGUUAUCGCCCACCGAAUAUAUGAUCUCGAAGUCAUAGAACUUAAUAACGAUGUCAGUUUCGUAAUGAUAUGUCCACCAGCAGAACAAGCCUGCUCAGUGCCUGGUCAAAAAGAGAUACUCCUACAAAAAGGCGAUUUGCUCAGCCUACCCAUCCAGGCAUUCGAAAUGAUACACCUGCAGACGUACCAUACGAAUAUCCUAAACAAAUACUCCAAACUUAGUUGUAUAUUAGAAUUAGACGUAGCCUUAGCCGCCCAUUCCCAUAGAGAGGCAUUCUCUUGCACAGAAAUGCAAACAGCCAAAGAACGAUUGAGUAAAUUAGAAGACCUUCAAAAUAAUCUUAACACAGUGUGGAAAGCAGAACGGUGGCUUAUGGAUUUAAUAGGCUUCGCGAGGGAUAAAGAUAAAGCGGUGUCAAGUUCUGGUAUACUCCUGAAAUAUAUACUCGAUAAGACGGCGUCACAAUUAAACAAAGAAUAUCCUGAUAGUAGCGAUACCAAUUACACAGAUUCCAACUUGAAAGUAGACUUCCUUCAAAUACCUGCGAGAGAUGGCAAAAUAACCAAAUUGUCACCUGGACGAGGGUCGUGGCCUGGACCAGCUGGCAACGGGAACCAUGCGAAUUUACACCCAGAAUUUAGUAAAUCUGAACAGCAACUAAGUUUGGCACCCCGACAGACAUCUGUAUCAACACUUAACCUAACUAGUUCGCAAUAUUUGAAUGCUGAAAACCAAUAUUCGAGUAGAAAAAGCAGUGCUGAUUCUCAAUUCACCCAAUCGAGUCCUAUGAGCAAUAAUUACGUGAGCAGCAAUUCGCAGUUUGACAUAAAAUCUAAUGCAUCUCAUACUAGUAAUCGUUUACCACCUUCUCGGAGUGAAGGCACCUUAGUGCUACAAAACGAAAAUGUGGAGCAAAAACCUCGUCCACACAGUAUUAAUACUAGCGUAUCAAACACCUCAAGUCCCCUACUGACAGUGAAAGGUUACUAUCCAGGGAGCAUGAUAAGUAUGAGAGCCUCCAAAUGCAACGUCUCCGAAUCCGCCCAGAGUCUGUCGAGUGACUCAGAAAGCCAAAGCUGUCCAAUAACAUCAGUUCCAUUAAAAAUCCGUCCGCAGGGAAAGCAUUAUAGGACUUCGUGUAACGUAAUCGCGUCCAAGAGCAUGACCAAUGUGAAAUCAUCCGACGUCGAUUACACGGAUACUGGUCAAGAAAUGUACCCAAAAACAAAUUUAUGUGUGAAGCGACAACCAUUGUUGGAGACCCAAGAAGACGUCGAAUAUAACAAUAAGGUUCCUAAGACUGAUGAGAGGAGUGACAGCGAAGAACAUGUUAAUCCAGCUUCAGAUCAACGACCUCCUGACCAACCAGGUAUAUUGCAGGUUUACGCUGCAUAUGAAACUGGUUUAGCGGCUGGUACAUCACUGAAACUACAUGUGACACCUCGUACGUCAGCCCGUGAAGUUAUCGACUUAGUUGUGAAACAACUCAACAUGGCUGCCGUGUUAAAAGGAAAAGCGGGCCCAGUAUAUGGCCCUGAGAAACUUCAAGAUUUCUGUCUGGUCGCCGUUAUCGGCGCGAGGGAACGGUGUCUUAGAGAUGAUUUUAGACCGCUUCAAUUACAAAACCCAUGGCGAAAAGGGCGUUUAUAUGUGAGGCUCAAACACGAUGUCCUAGCGGCUUUACAACAUUCAGCUAAACAACCAGCUUACAUAUAGACUUAUGAGUGUGUUGUGAAUUAGUUAUGUACAGGAUAUAUCGUUGUUUUCAUUAGAUAGAAACUAUAAAUUGAUACUAUACGAGUAUAUUAUUUUGGUGCCAAUUCUAAUUAUGUUGAUGCUUUAAAUAGUUAAGUCUUAAGUUGUGAGUAAUUAAUAGAGAAUAAUGAAAGUAAAACAGAAUUUAUGGUGCUUCUCAUUGUAAAAUAUGUCGCUUAUGUAUGCAAAGAGAGAAAUUUAAAGAGAAGAUAUUGAACGAUUUUCGUAAACGUUAUCUAGAUAUUUUAUUAGCCUUACUGUAAUAGUUUUUAUCCAGUCUAGAUGGACUCAAAUUCUUGUCGUUCUAUAUUAGGUAGGCAAUUACCUAAUCUAUCUAAUAGUCUAUAAGUAGCGUUGUGGAAAGUAGUCUUGUGCAAAAUAGUUCGCGACUUUGAGCGCUCUGUUUAUUUCUCAGAUCUUCCGCCAGCUAGUUCGUUCCUUCCCUACUUCAGUCU